AUGAGAUAUUGUUUGGCGACAGUUGUUGGUCUCGUGCUGAGUGCCGAUGUUGCUGUAUUGGCGGCUCAUGUUAGCACACCCACGUGUCCAGGAUACAAAGCGAGCAAUGUGAAGACACAGCAUGGUGCUGUUGUCGGUGCCGACCUCACGCUUGCCGGAAAAGCUUGCAAUGUGUAUGGCACUGAUUUAGACAAUCUGAAGUUGGAAAUUGAGUACCAGACCGAAUCUCGAGUCCAUGUCAAGAUUUAUGAUGCGGCAGAACAGGUCUACCAGGUGCCCACCUCAGUUCUACCUCGUCCCAGCAGCACAAACGUCGAUCCGCAGAGGUCAGACUUGGAAGUCUCCAUCGAACAGAAACCAUUCUCGUUUAAAGUGUCCCGCAGAUCCACCGGCGAGGUUCUCUUUGACACGUCCGGCCAUGCUUUGAUCUUUGAGUCACAGUAUCUCGGGCUGCGUACUAGCCUGCCGAACUCGCCCAACAUCUACGGCCUGGGGGAGAGUACUGAUCCCAUGCGACUGCAGACCGACGACUAUAUGCGCACACUCUGGUCUCGCGAUGCGUAUCUUACUCCCCAGUUCACCAAUCUGUAUGGCAAUCAUCCUAUCUACUUUGACCACCGCGGCCGCCAGGGCACACAUGGCGUGUUUUUGUUGAACAGCAAUGGAAUGGAUAUCAAGAUUGACAAAGACGCCGAUGGUCAAUACCUCGAAUACCGCACCUUGGGCGGGGUUCUCGACUUCUACUUCCUGGCAGGUCCGACCCCGAAAGAUGUGGCGGUCCAGUAUUCCGAGACUGUUGGCAAGGCCGUCAUGAUGCCGUACUGGGGUUUUGGCUUCCAUAACUGCAGAUAUGGCUACCAGGAUAUCUAUGAGGUAGCCGAGGUCAUUGCAAACUAUAGUGCUGCCAAUAUCCCACUCGAGACGCAAUGGACCGACAUUGGUAUGCUAUAUGACUACAUGACCCUCUAA